UUGGUUCGCGGCGUUGUCGGCGGUGGCUCCUCUGUUGCUGAGAGGAAGCGCGAGAGGCCCGGCCGGGACAAGACAGGCCAAGAGCGGACCCCCACCGCUCCCUGAAUCUAUGCCCAGCCUGGGAGAAAGAUGAAACCAGUGAGAAAGGCUGCCAGUUCCUCCUCUUCCUCCUCUUCCGGUAGCAGCAGCUGCAGCCGCUCUCCACCCUCCACCCGGGCCAAAACUCAGAAGCGCAAGACCGCCAUUGACGAGAGCCCCACGCUUGAAGAAGGAGCAGAAGAGGAGGCGCCCGAUCAACCCUCAGCUUUUGUGGGUGCCCGGCGCAUGCAAGUACAGAUGGACCCUAGCCUGCGGGACUUGGCCGGAGCUCACGAUGACCCCUACAAACUGCCCGAAGGUGAAACACAGGCGGGGGCCGAGGCCUGCGGGACAGAAGCCUCCUUGAACCGCAAGACGGCUACUUUUAAGUCGCGGGCGCCAUGCCGGAAGUAUUCUGGGGGUGAAGAGUCGAACGGCAGUGAGAACGUAGCCGCCACCUUGGAGGAUGAGCCUCGGCGCUGCCCUUCUUCCAGCACGGACACAGCCAGCGAGCACUCCGCGGACGAGAAUGACAAGGGGGUGAGGAACAUGUGGGCGAUGCCCCCCAGUGCGUACGACCUGCGCCAGCUACGUUCCCAGCGGGUGCUGGCACGGCGGGAAGGACUCUUCCAGCCAGCCGUUGUGAAGCAGGUCAGACGAGGGCAGGACUUGGGGGUGCAGUUUGUGGGGGACCGGGUCACGGCGUAUUACGAAGGGGCCCUGGGAUCUGCUGCUGUGGAUAUUGUGCUGGACGCUGUCCCACCCCCUGGAGCUUUGGCUGUGGGUACCCCAGUCUGUGCUUGCGUGGACCCCGACGAGACAGCUUACCAGGAAGGCACGGUGGUGGAAGUCAGCGUCAAACCUGCUUCUUAUAAAGUGCGAUUCACCCUUCCGUUGGUUCUCCGUGGACCUGCCACUGCCACCCGGAAAGACUCCGCCUGGGUGCCCCGCUCAGCCCUGCGCCUUCUACGCUCCCCGUGGCGUUGUGACCAUCCUUCUGAAGACAACAAGCCACCUGAAACGAUGCCUCCUUUGCCAGAGCCAGAGGAAGUUGCUCUGGCCCUCUCGUGCCCCGAGUCCAAGCAGCCCGAAGACGCCGAAGUGUCCAAGAUUAGUGCUGGAGUGAGGGCAGAAGAGAAGUCCGUGGUGGUGCCACCCCAGAUCCUGUCCCCCCCAAAGUCGCCAGCCUUCCCUCGCCUUCCUGAGCAGCGAUCGCCUUUGCUGAGUCCGGAAGCGAGCGGAAGCCGCAGCAGCAGCGUGAUGUCCGUGGAUAAGUGCAGCACGCCGGGCUCCUCUCGCUCCCGUACGCCCCUCACCGCCGCCCAGCAGAAGUACAAGAAAGGGGAUGUGGUGUGUACCCCCAACGGCAUCCGCAAGAAGUUCAAUGGGAAGCAGUGGCGGCGGCUCUGCUCGCGGGACGGCUGCAUGAAGGAGUCCCAACGGCGGGGUUACUGCUCCCGUCACCUCUCCAUGCGCACCAAGGAAAUGGAAAGCCUCUCGGAAGGCCGAGCCAGUGGCCUGCGGGAGGGCAGUGCCGAGUUUGACUGGGACGAGACGUCGCGGGACAGUGAGGCUAGCAGUGCCCGAGGGGACUCGCGGCCUCGGCUGGUGGCGGCUGCCGAUUUGUCGCGCUUUGAGUUUGACGAGUGCGAAGCUGCCGUCAUGCUGGUGUCUCUGGGCAGCUCUCGUUCAGGCACCCCAUCUUUCUCGCCGGUCUCCAACCAGUCCCCCUUCUCCCCUGCUCCCUCCCCGUCCCCUUCUCCUCUCUUUGGCUUCCGUCCAGCCAAUUUCAGCCCCAUCAAUGCCUCGCCCGUCAUCCAGCGGGCCGCUGCUCGCAGCCGCCAUGUGAGUGCCAGCACCCCAAAGGGAGUCGGGGGUGCCGUGCUGAGCCCUGAGAUGUUGCACCAUGCCGCUUCCCGAGAGCGCCAUCAUUCGGGCAUCAGCUUUCAGACCAACCUUACCUUCACGGUGCCAAUGAGUCCCAGUAAGCGGAAAGCCGAGUCGCACCACAGCAGCACCAGCUCGGCGGCCGACUUCCACAAGAAUGACAGUCUCGACUCCGGCGUGGAAUCCAUUUCUCACACUCCCACCCCUUCCACCCCUGCUGGUUUCCGGGCCGUGUCGCCCGCGGGCGCUGGGCCCUUUUCCUCGCGCUCCCAGCAGGCCUCCCCGCUCUUGCUGGUGCCCCCGCCAGCUGGGCUCACCUCCGAUCCGAGCCCCACAGUGAGGAGGGUGCCCGCCGUGCAGAGGGACUCCCCCGUGAUUGUGCGCAACCCCGAUGUCCCGUUGCCCUCCAAGUUCAUAGAGAAGCCGUUGGAGAGCCGAGGGGGCAGCCCAAGGAUGGGGAAAGCCGGCUCCAAGGAACACCUGUCGGGCAAAGGGCAGUUGCAAAUGCCAGUGCCCAUUAACGUGGGCCGGACUCUGCCUUCCAGCCAGCCUAGUGUGGUAUCUGUCCCCGAACAAGCUCCGCCUGUCUUCAGCGUGUCCUCCCCCUUUCAGCCUGUGGCCUUCCACCCCUCCCCAGCUGCCCUCCUGCCUCUCCUUGUCCCCGGAGAGUACACCAGCCAUCCUACGCCCAAGAAGGAGAUCAUCAUGGGGAGACCUGGCACAGUGUGGACAAAUGUGGAGCCUCGAUCUGUGGCCGUGUUCCCAUGGCACUCACUAGUGCCCUUCCUGGCUCCCAGCCAACCAGAUUCCUCCGUGCAGCCCAGUGAAGGCCAGCAGCCUGUCAGUCAUCCGUCCACAUCCAAUCAGAACAAAGAACCUCCCGAAUCGGCUGCGGUGGCCCACGAACUCCCCGGGUUCUCUUCCGAGGCCGAUAGUGCAGGGAGGCCGACCCCCUCGCACCCUGACAGUCCCACUCCAGUCGCCCAACCUUCUACGGGGAUUCCAGCAGGGAGCGGAGUCCCGUCUCAGCAUGAGGAUGACCUCCCAGGGCACCCACGCCUGGACAGCGAGACAGAGAGCGACCAUGACGAUGCGUUCCUAUCCAUUUCAUCUUCUGAGAUCUCAAUCCCACUACUGCCAGGCAAGCGGCGCACCCAAUCCCUGAGCGCACUGCCGAAAGAGCGUGAUUCCUCUUCCGAGAAGGAUGGUCGCAGUCCAAACAAGAGAGAAAAGGAUCACAUUCGGCGGCCCAUGAAUGCUUUCAUGAUCUUCAGUAAGCGACACCGGGCCCUGGUGCACCAGCGGCACCCCAACCAAGACAACCGUACCGUCAGCAAGAUCCUGGGCGAGUGGUGGUACGCUCUGGGGCCCAAGGAGAAGCAGAAGUAUCACGACUUGGCCUUCCAGGUGAAAGAAGCCCAUUUUAAAGCACACCCCGACUGGAAGUGGUGUAACAAAGAUCGGAAGAAGUCCAGUUCGGAUAUAAAAUCUGCUGGGCCAGGGGGUUGCCCCAAGGAGAUGCGUGAACGUAGCAUGUCAGAGACAGUUGCUUCUGAAAUGCUGUUGGGCCCAGACGUCAAGGCAGGUGUCAUGGGAUCCGGGCAUUGCCACGGGGAGCGAAUCCUGCCCUCAGCGUCUGAUGCCCAGCGUCCACGGGCCUUUUCCCACAGCGGUGUGCAUGGCAUGGACAGCGACCGGGACAACCAGGUGUUGCAAGAGCUUACACAGAUUUGCUCGGGACAGUCUCCGUAUGCCAGCGGGAAGGGUCAAUAUGGGGGGCUGGGCCCCUCAGGGUCCCCCUUCGCAACCCCAGGCGAGGGUCCCCGCCAUUCCCUGCACCCACAUUCCUCCCGUGCCUCUCGUUCUCAACGCACAACCAGUGAAGACAUGACCAGUGACGAGGAACGCAUGGUGAUCUGUGAGGAGGAAGGGGACGAUGAUGUCAUUGCUGAAGACGGGUUCAAUCCGGCUGACGUCGACUUGAAGUGCAAAGAACGAGUGACGGACAGCGAUAGCGAAGGAUCGUUAGGGGAUGAAUCUGACGGCAAGGACUUUGGACGGAAGCUCUUCGCCCCGGUGAUCCGGUCAGCAGCCCUGCCUCCUUCUUCCGCCGCUUUUGCCCCAUGUCGCCCACCACCUCCUCUGGACUUGGAGCCGCCCCCACCGCCCCCGCCCCUACCACCCCCUCACAGUCACGAGGAGCAGCCCCCACCUAAACCUUACAGUUCCUUCCAGAUGUCCCCCAGCCCCUUCAAGACCCAAGAGCCGCACGGAGCUCUCCGUCCCCACAACCCCCCAGCGAAGCGGUUGGAAGCCCGCUUUGACCCAGCCGCUGCCCCCUAUAGGCGGAAGAGAGUGGACAGCGCGGGCAGUUCCCAGGGCCCUCCUGAAGCCGGAACGGCUCCUCCCUCUGUCCCCGCCCAUUCCGUCAUCUCUCCGCCCAGUGGGGCGGUGCAGACUGUGGUGCUGCCGGAUUCGAGCCGCUUGUCCACUGGCACCGUGCUGGUAACCGCCCCGUCUCUCAGCGCCCCAAACAUGGGGGUGAUCGGCUACAGCGGAUCGCCCAGCUUGGUCCGGAUGGCAUCCACCGUGGUCACCAACGUGGUCAAGCCGGUUAGCAGCACUCCUGUACCUAUCGCCAGCAAACCUUUCCUACGCGGAACGGGGGACCCGUUGCCGCUGGUCAGCCCCCCGCCUCCCGACGGCGGUGCGAAGCCCGAAGGGAUUUCCGUCAGCCGACUCGGCUUGCUCUACGCCGAUAAAAAGACUCCACAGACCUCUGCCGUGGCUGGGAUCCAAGCCACCUCUCCUCACUUAGUAGCUGGACCGCUUCUUGGCCAAGGCUUGGCUGCCGUAGGGAAGUGCCCCCCGGCCCAAGGAAGCGUCGUGACCAACCUCCUGGUAGGAACCCAAGGUUACAGUCAAGCCAGCGGUGCCGGAGGAGCUGGCGUCCCCGUGACUGUUUUGCCCCCUGGGGCCAUCGCCCAGCAGCCUUCUGUCCAGUUCAUCACUCAGAAUCCCCCCGGACAGAAUGGGCCGGUGCCCCUUAGCAUCCUGCAGCCGCAAGGUAUUUUUUCGGGCGCAGCAGGAAAGGCUGGGAGCAUCACUCAGGUUCAGUACAUCCUGCCUACGUUGCCUCAGCAACUUCAGGUAACCGGGGGGAAGAUUCCAGCAGCCACAGGUACUCCUGCAGCCGCCAGCAUUCACUUCACUCUGCCUCCCCCCAACGGAAAAGUUAUCACUGCCCCACAAGCCAUCCCCAUCAUCCAGCCCGCCCCAGGAAGCAACGGCAACAGCGUUACCGUCAUGUCCUCGGCACCCAAAGUCCAGUCCGUGUCCCCUGUGCAGGCGCCAUCACCCAGCAAUUCAGCCCACCUUGUGUCUGGGCAGGUGAUGCCCCCCGCAGGGCUACAAGUGCAAGGCAAAGUCUUGGUGCCUAUGGCAGCCUCCCAGGUGACAGUAAGGACCACCUCAGCUGCCCAGCUGCCUCUGGUUACUCAACCUUUCUCUGUCCCAGUGCAAAAUGGAAGUCAGCCAGCCAGCAAGAUUAUCCAGCUCACUCCAGUGCCAGUUGUCCAGCCUCAGCCCCCUUCCCAGAGCAGUGCCACCUUGGUGCCCCCACUUAGCCCUGCUGCGCUCCAGGGCACCAUGGCCACUGCUGUCAUUGGUUCCCCGAGCCAGGCCCAGAAAGUCCUGUUGCCCUCCUCCUCCACCAGGUAGGACUUUGCAAUGUUGGUUCAUAGCACUGGAUCUUAAAGGCACGGGGAACAUCUGCCCGAGGACACACCAUGGAGAAAACCGACCCCACAGAAUAUUGAUGUGAAACCCGCAUUGGGUCUGUUUCCUUCAGGUCAGAAUCCGGUGCUGGCUUCAGGACAAGUGGGGGUGUCCCCGCUUCAGAGCCCUCAACUCCCCGUUUCCAGUGCUGGGCAAGGACAGGUCAUCACUGCCGUCUACCCCACCCCCACAGGGACCAGUCCUGUCCAGUCCGCCAGUCACAGCGUGGUCUAUUCAGUGGCUGCCACGGGCACUACCACGGUCUCCUCUCCUACAGCCAUCCUGCCCAAAGGGGGCAGCGCCAGUCAGAGCACCGGGAGUUCCAACCACAGCCUGAUUUCCACAGCUGCACAAGUGAUUCCUUCGACGCCCACUCGGCCUCAGCGCCCACCCCUCAAGCCUCCCCAGAAAGUCAAGGCCACCAUUGCUAACAUCCCCGUUGGUUCUUACGAAGCCGUCUCUUCACCAGGCCCCGUCCGGCCUCCUGCGGGGCAGCACCAGGAUUCUGGAGGAGCGCGAUACCACCGGGAGACCGAAGCCUUGGAACGGCCCUCACGCGAGGCAGGGCCCCAGGACACCCCCUCUUCCCCUGCCUGCCAGGGGGCCGAAAAGAGCCCCGCCAAAGCUCAGGAGUUGAAGCGAGACUGCUGGGAGCCAAUAUCGCCCCCGGCAUCCCAGCCACCGCAAGUAACGGAGACCCCGGCCACAGAAGCCAUCUGGAGCCAGCGGGAGACGGCAGCGGGGUCCACUGAAGAGGGUGCCGCCCGUGAGCCUCCUCCGCCCUCUCUGUUGGGCAGCAAAGGGACUGAAACGGCCCCGAAAUUCCCCGGCUCCCCUGACUGGAGAUCAUCUGGUCCAGAGGCUCGUCCUGAGACUUCGGCCUCAGCUGCAGCUCCCGCUUCCUCCUCUUCGCUGAGCCCGAUCCCGUCAAACGCCGGGGAGGGCUCCCAAAGCGGCGUUUCGGCUCCGCCUCCAACAGCGGCCCCUCCAACAGACAGCCUCGAAGCAAAGGAGGCUCCAGGGGGGAAGAAAAUGAAGGUCCGGCCUCCCCCGCUGAAGAAAACCUUCGAUUCCGUCGACAACAGGGUUCUCUCGGAAGUGGAUUUUGAGGAGCGCUUUGCCGAGUUGCCUGAGUUCAAGCCGGAAGAGGUCUUGCCUUCACCUACACUGCAGUCCCUUGCCACCUCUCCGCGGGCCAUUCUGGGCAGCUACCGCAAGAAGCGCAAGAAUUCCACCGACCUGGACUCCUCCACGGAAGACCCCAUCUCCCCCAAACGGAAGAUGCGGCGUCGUUCCAGCUGCAGCUCGGAGCCCAACACUCCCAAGAGCGCCAAGUGUGAAGGAGACAUCUUUACUUUUGACAAAACAGGCACCGACACGGAUGACGUACUUGGGGAGCUGGAGUAUGAGAAGGUGCCCUACUCUUCACUCCGACGUACCCUGGAUCAGAGGCGGGCUUUAGUCAUGCAGCUCUUCCAGGACCAUGGCUUCUUCCCUUCAGCCCAAGCCACCGCAGCUUUCCAAGCCCGCUACUCCGACAUAUUCCCUACCAAGGUCUGUUUACAACUCAAGAUCCGGGAAGUGAGGCAGAAGAUCAUGCAAGCAGCCACUCCUACGGAGCAAGCCCCCAGCACGCCGGAGCCCGGAGGCACCCCAGGCGUCGUGGUGGGGGGCGGCGGCAGCACCGCAGAGGGACAGCUGGCGGAGUUGAGCCUCCCGCAAGACUCCGCCCAAAGCACAGAGCCCGCCCUCCCAGCAGCCAGCCCUUCCACCGCAGCCGCUGGCUGGGACUGUAGCCAGCAGUCUUCCCCGGGGACGGCCGGUAGCAGCACCACGACCACCACGACCACCAGCAGCAGCAGCAACAGCAGAUGAAGAGCCACCCCCCCCCCACCCACGCCCCCCCCCAAACAGCAAGCAAGAAAAAGCAGCGGCGUGGUGGGUGGGUAGGGAAGCCCCCGGAGCUUUCCCCACCCCCACCCUUGCCCUGCUCCUCCCCGGUGCCCCUCCCCUUGCUAACCUCCCCCUCCGGCUCUUUUUGUCUGUGACUGUACGGGCGAAGCUUCCGUCACCCGUAGAGAGACGCUGCCUGGGCUGCUCCUUUGCGGGCCUCUCUCGAAGCCGUUCUGAUCUGACCUGGGUGGGCCGCGGCCUUCCAACCGGUCCCCCUCCGCACCUUCCCUCCUCCCCAAAGAACUCAAGUGGUGGUGCUGACCUAUCGGCCAUUCCAGGACACAGGCCAGGAGACCUCUGGGGAGGGGUGGGGGGUGGGUGGGGGGGAGAGAGCUCCCAGAAGGCCCUCCCAGGCGCACCAACCCACCCACCCACCCCCUGUAAAAUGACAGACCUCGUGUCGAUUUCCUCCCCGCAACCCCCCACCCCCCAAACACACACACACCUCCUUCCAAUAAUGUUAUAAGUAUUUGGAAACCCCACCUACUUGUUGCUUCUGUGUCAUCGGGGCGGGGGAGGGGGA